UUCAAAUGAGACUGAUUCAAUUUAAUUAUUAACCUUCAAAUUUAAUAUGAGACUGAUUUAAUGAGAUUGAUCACUCAAUUACCCAAAUGCACCCACAUAUUAAAUUGGUGCCCCAUGUGAGGAGAUUGGUUUGUUGACUUCUUGAAUAUUGUUGCAACAACAAAUAAACUAUCAGUUUGUUUAAGCAACUUCUAAGGUAUAUCCCCAGGUGUGUUAAAACGGUUAACAGUAGCGUGAUAACCAUAUCACAAAAUACUCAUAACCUAUUCAUAACUUAGGAUAAGAGAUAGCAUUUCCAAACAAACCUUUUUAAUUAAUUACAUAGUUAAUGUUAAUUAAUAAGAAUUAAUUAAUAAAUUAACUCAUUGAUUAAUUAAUUAUCCAAUAGCCAGCCUAAGCGAAAUGGCAUCCCCUCGUGUCUCAAAAAUUGAAGACAACACUCAAGACGUGUCUCUCCUUGAGGUCAUCGCAGACCUCAUUCACUGCUCUGCCUCCAAAAAGGCAAACAUUAAGUACAUGAGUAAGAGUGAAUGCCAAAACAACAUAGAUAACUCGAAUAAACAUAUGAGAGAUCCAAAAAGAACAACUUUUAGUGUCCAAGCGGCACUAGGUAAGCUAUUCCUGUCAUACUUCCGAGAUACUGAUUCAGAAAUCAGACGCCUCCGCAGAGAGGUUGAAAGGCUGACCACCAGCAACGCCGAGCUGGCAGCUGAUAAUAAUGAUUUACAUAGGGAGCGUGAGCUUUUGAAAAACUCCAUUGAUGAUUGCGCCAAAAGGCUAGAGAAAGCCGAAAUGGCCGCCCAGAGGGCUGCCGAGGAGCAGACCCCCCAAGAAGGGCGUGAAAGACCCUCAACAAUGCGCCAAAGUUCAGAGCGGGAAUAGGCGUCCGAACCGGACACCGUAGAUUGCCUGGUCGAGGACCAGACAACCCGCCAAACUCCAUCAACUCGCUACAUGACUUCGUUGUUUAGCCAGGGUGGAGCCGAACUGUGCUCAUCCCGAGCCCAGACCCAUAGCACACUCAGGUCAGUGUGCUACAGUACCCCUGAUCAAUCUUCGGAUGAAUCAGGCUAUGAAUCUAGUGCGAAACGGGAGCAACACCAGAGUAGCUUAGAUAGUGAGUGCUCAGAAGAGCCAAGAAGGUCACACAAGGACGUGCACCAAACCCUUCACUUACGGCAAAUUGACCUACUUGCCAAAGAUGUCGAGCAAUUUGAUCUGGAAAAUAAAAGAACAAAUGUGAAUGAUUAUUUGCGAGAAAUCAAACAAAAAUGGUCUGAGGCGCCUCGUGAAUAUUAUAGACGGCUACGUACUGCCUAUUUCCAAGGUAGUAGCGCACUAGGCUUGGAAGAAGAUAGAGGCUUCAAAUCCCUCUUCUUACAUAACCUCCACCCAAGCGUGCGGACUCAAGUCGCACUGACGUGUCGACAGGGUUUCCACUCAAUGAGGGAAAUUAGGCGACUAGCCCAAAUGACCUGGGAGACCAUUGUCAAAACCGCAAAUGGAAACGAUGAUGAACCCAGAGUCCUUAGGCUCCAGGAUGCAGACGAGCCCCCGCUAGCCUUAGAAGGAGGCGAAGCUCCAAAAGGGGGACCCCCCUGGAGAAAUCCCGGUCCGAACCGCCCCUUGCCGAGCCAUCACCAGCGUGAGCGGAGAAAUCGGCAAGGUAAGGCCAGGAGGGACCGAAGGCAAGUCCACAGUGACUAUGGCAACCGCCCAUCACAUGAAAAGGGUCGUAGGGAACAAGGCGGUUGGCAGCAAGACCGUCAUCCCCGCUCUGGCCAGAGACGGCAGGAGCGUUCUGACCGUAACUCCAAACAUAAGGGUAGAGACGACCGACACAGUGACUCAGACCAACCUGGUGAGUUCCACUCAGAGCUGGAAUCUUUAAAAGCCCAGUUGGCUGAGAUUAAAGAACUGUUACAAAAGAGGUCAGACCCCUCAACAAAAUAAAUCGAAACGAGCGUAAAGAACAAAAAGCCUACUACGACCGAAAAGCCUCCCAUCACACAUAUCAAAUAGGCGACAAAGUCCUAUAUUUUAACUUUACCAAGCCGGUAGAAGUCUCAAAAAGUUCCUACCACACUGGUUGGGACCUUUCGAUCAUAGGAAAACUGUCCCCCGUCGCGUAUCGCAUUAGGACAUCCAGGCCCAAUCAAACGCUCUCAUAUCGAUUUCCAUAACAAUCAAAUCAAGCCUUUGAACAGUCCUCACUCCAAAAGGGGGGACGACAGUUAGGCCCACCCUGUCCACCUAGCUUGUAUGCCUCACUCACCCAUAAGCGUACACUAACAUUCCCGGUCAGACUUACCAACCCAAUAAAGUAAUAACCCUUCGGUAUAACAUGAUAGAUAAAAUACUAAAAUCCGCUAUUAUUACUAGUGUGUAUUCAUCGCAAAUACACCUGGCAUAUAGUCUUGGCAGUGCUAUCCUCAUUUUUGUGAAUCCACAAGACUUAGAGAUGUGCACCUCCACUAAAGACAUCCACUGGGUCUGCCCAGGCAACCCAUACAUAACACUACACGCCAAGCUGGAUAAGAUGGUCUGCGUCCCUGAUAGCUUUAGCCGCAGUAGCGCAUGCUUUCUGGCCAGACCACCCACUGCCAACACCUUUCUAGAAGAUUAGGUUUACCAACACAAACACUAAUACUUCUGUUCUUCCUUCCUUCAUUUCUUCUCUUUUCUUGUUUUUAUGCAUAGGAAAUUAAACACUACAUGUUUCAUGUUCUAUGUUUAAUUUUUUUUUUAGAUGUGACUUUGACCUAGUUAGCUAGAGUGAUUAUAUGCCCAAAAUAGCCUGAGUAUAUGCCCAAAAUGCCUCUGCCUCCAACUGUCUUACUGGAACUCAUGAGUUUACACAGUUUUCACAGGACACCAUGGACUGUGCAGAGCAAGGCUGCCUCAAGGACUACGGACAUGCGGACUGUACAGUACUGUGCUCUCAGUGCUACGACUCCAUCAUACCCCUGAGACCAAAAGGGGGAUUGUAGGUACAAUACAGUCCGUCUCUUUAAGAAACUACACUUCCCAUCAGCCCACUUCCGCGUUGACCUGCGUCACGCCUGGGCGGGAUCACCAACGUCACUUCCUACAGGAAGGCAUAAAAAACCCGGAAACUCCUGGCUCCUCCUCUCUCUCGUGUCCGGAUUCCAAGCGGUCUGGACGCACAAAGAGAUACGCUCCACCGGGCAACCAGAUAAAGACGUCUUUUCUUUUUCUUUCUUUCUUGCAAGAUCCACGAGUUAGCGCGAUUUCUUUGUUUACCUUUGGCCACGGUAGACUCUAAGAUCGCACAAUUUUAAACUCAGUGAGUUACAACCGGUUUUUCAUUUCAUUCAUUAAGUCAGUGAUUCUUCAGAUAAGGGACAAAACAUGUCCGAGAGAUGAAACUCAUUUUUGUGGUUAAAUAUGUAAAUAAAAUAUGUCACAUAAUUAUCUUAAAUAAAAAAACAAAUACAGAUUUGCACUAUAAAGUAUGAUUUAAAGGUUUUGUACACAUAUAUUUUAUUUUACAUGAGUGAAUGUGUUACCAGCACCGUAAAUAAACCUUGUCCGAAAGCAGGUUUAAGUGUUUCUUAACACUUAAAAAAUUGUUUAAAAUAAAAUAAACAUCAUAGCUACUGUCAUCAAGUAUUCUAAUUAAUUAUUCAAACUGUACACAAGUUUACAAUUUGAGAAACAUUUUUGUGUAAUUUUUAAGCGAUUGAAGUCAUGUCCAGAGUUUCUGUCAACACCAUAAGAUUUUUCAAAAAUUAGAAAAAAAUCAGGCAUUAUUGUGGGCAGCUCUCAAUCUAAGGACCCCUUUACACUUCCUGCUUGAUACACAUGCCAUGAGGCCACUGCUCUGGGUUCAAGAAUGUAACAUGGAACUUCUUCCCCACAUCCCAUGGCAAGGGUGCCCCAGAUGGCAUUGGGGCGACUGUUAAGAGAUGUGCCGACAGAAUUGUUCUCAGAGGUCAGGACAUUGUGGAUGGCAUGACAUUUCAUCAGCUGGUGUCCAGUUGCCUAAGUGGAGUCCACCUACACUAUAUCACCAAUGAUGACUUCUUGACUUAUGAUGCUGUUCUCGCCCAGCCCCUGCGAUCCAUCACAGGAACAAGAAAGAUCCAUCAAGUUGUGGCUCAGCGCAAUAUGAUUUACUGUAGACAGAUUACGUGUUUUUGUAACGAGACAGAAAUUUGCCAUUGUUUCAAUCCAGUUGCACACCAAUUCCAUAGCAUCUCUCAGCACCAGGAUGAACAUGCUCAAAUACAGAGUGAUGAACAUGCUCAAAUACGGAGUCCUCUUGCGAUGUUGGUGGAAGCAAUGGAAAACGAGCCGCAGAGAACACCUGAGGGCUUAACAACAACAAUAGGGCCUAGUGAUGUCCACAUCGGAGAUUGGCUUGCUGUCAUGUACGACCAUAACUGGUGGUUGGCGAAAGCCCUCAGAAUGGAUGAAGAACAUGGAGAUGUUCAAGUCGAAUUUUUUCACCCUCAUGGUCCAAACUCUUGCUUCCAAAGAAAACAAGGAAACCAGGAUGUCUGCUUUGUCCAAUUUGCUGAUGUCAUAGUUAAACUUAGUGAACCAUCCUCACCAGUCCAUACAAGUCGAACCAGGGACAUAUACCAGCUCUCUUCUGAGGUUAUGGACUUCAUAGAUGAGGAACUUUUCAAUCGGUUGUUGCCAGGUCUUUAAACCCAUUUUCAUGAGUUCAAUAUUUCCAGAUGUCCAUAGGCUUAGUUACUGAAUGUUCUUUGUUACAACCUCACGGAGAAGCACACCAGAAAUAAGUGCCACAUAUAUAUUUGUAUGAUAAUGUGUGUGCAUGCCACACACACACACACACACACACACACACACACACACACACACACACACACACUCAAUGUUCUAUUGCAUCAGUUGUUUGGUUGAAUGUCUGGAUGUUAUUUUGUUUGACAAGAGUAUUUGACUUUUCGCUCUGUAUAAGAUAUAAAUAUGCAUACUGCCUGGUUCAUGUUUUUAAAGUAGGUUUUAAUUCAAAUAUAUGAUUAACCCUAAGUGGUAUUUUAUGUCAAUAAAAUGUUUAAUGAAAUUAUCUCCAUUUCCCUUCUAUUUCGUCAACACCGUAAGUGGUGUGUCAACACCGUAAACAGCUUGUCAACUCCAUAAUAUGACUGUUAAGUUAAUUUUUUCUUUAAAAGGAUAUUUUAUUACAUUGUUUCAAGUUGUUACAAUAAAAACACUGCAUUUCCAAAUUAAAUAUGUAUACUUUAUAUUGCUUAAUACCAUUGUUUGUUAUGGAGGAUAAAAACUAAAUGCAUAAAGUCACAUACCGGUAAAUAUAGUCAAUAACAUCUUAAUAAAUUAACUUUUAAAAGUAAUAUUACUAGUUUGAAAACACAGACAGAAUGACACAGAUUAAGGCAACCUCCAAGAGUAAAAAUGCCUGGAAAAACUUUAAAAUAAUAUAUAUAUUUUUACAUUUCUUUGUGUCUCAUGGUGUUGACAAAAUCUCUGACUUGCCCCGCAAACAUGAAAAUAAUGUUAAAAAUCUUGACCUGGGAGAUUGUCCGAAAAUUGUAUAAGAGGCCCAACACCUUGUGCAACCAUAAUAUAUGAAUAUGUUUUGGAAAUAAUGAGAUUUUAUUUUUAGAAAAUCAAAACCCCUUUUGUCCCUGAUCUCAAGAAUGACUGAAGUACGUACGGACUGCAGUCAAAGCAGUUAAUUUGUAAUUAGGAGCGACCAGAAUUCCUCCUGAUUGAAGCGCUGUGCAUAUUAUGUUGAUCAGAGACUUUCUUUUCAUCACUGCGACCGUACGCCGGACCAAGGAAGUUUUCUGCGCCUUCUACAGAAGCAACUCACGUGCUUCACUACGGUGAAAAACUCAUUUUGGGGCAUAAUUAAGCUAGUCUUAGGAAUUUGCUUUUAUUGAAACAGUGUAAAUUUAAACUCAGGAAAGUUUUGUUUACACUAUUAGACACGCAGCGUGUCGAGUUCUGUUUUGUUGUAAUCUCUCAAUGGUUUUAAUAGAUAGGUUUGCAUGCCCUCUCUUCCUUACUAACAUUUUAAUUUCAUUAUUACACAUAUCUUGAUCGCAUCAAGAUUUCAGUGGAUUCAGUACUGUUAUAAGCUAGUGAAAUUAGCAUAUGGUUAAUUUCUUUUAGCACACAUUAGCAUCCAAAGGUAAUCCUUUUGUUUCAUUAGCCUCACAGGCCCCACCAGGCCUCAACACGUGGCACUCCUCCCCCCACGCUCACAUACACACCUUUUGUUUUAACUCCACGAGGCAGGGUCCUCGGGGCUUAGCUAGCCACACGGCUAAUUCUUUUGUCGUUAGCAAGCUAGGCUAACCUUUGUUAGGCCUUAAGGCCUACACCAUGUGGUCACUCAGUAACCCACGUUAGCUAGCUUCCCUUUUGUCUACUUAGCAACACAAAGCUAAUCUAGGCCUACCCAAACACACACAAGGCCUUUCUCACACACACACACACACACACACACACACACACACACACACACACACACACACACACCUCACUGUUUGUAUAUAUUUCAAUCUGCUAUUAUCCAUUUUUAUCUUUGUUACAAUAAAUUCAUUUAUUAUUGAAA